AUUAGUUUUGUGCCUUUGGAUGUGAGUGGUCGUGUUUUGUUGCAACGAUGAGUUCAGGCGGAGCAUCCGGGGGAUCGUCACCGCGACCUACUAUUCCAUCUCCGCGUCCACCUCGUGUUCCAGCUGCCGAAAUUAUUCAAAUAAACGGUCGCAAAGUGCUUGGCCCACCGGCAAACUGGGAGGGACCCCCGCCAUCCAACCUAUGUGAGUUGUUCGUCAGGAAGAUUCCGCGGUAUCUAACCGAGGAUGAUAUUCUUCCCCACUUACUGCGAUUCGGCGAAAUUUACGAAUUCCGGCUAAUGAUGGAAUUCAACUACGCCAACCGCGGCUACGCCUUCGUGCGAUACGCGCAGGAAGUGGAUGCUAGGCGUGCUCUGGAGGUCCUCAAUCACUUCUAUAUCGUGCCAGGAAGGACCCUGGAAGUGCAGCGCUCGUUCGAUAAGUGCAGGCUCUUCAUAGGCAACAUCCCCAAACGCCUGAGCGAAGAAGAGCUGGAGGAAAGCUUCAAGGCCGUUUUCCCCAGUAUGUGUAAGUUGAUCACGUUGAAGAGGAUCAGCGACGGGGAAAACAAUCGAGGCUUCGCCUUUAUCGACUUCCGGAGUCAUGAGGACGCCGUGGAAGUCAAGAAACAAGUGUCACCCGGAACUAUAAAAAUGUGGGGACAGGAUCUGCGAGUGGCUUGGGCCAAUCCGGAAAGACCUGCCGAAUGGGAAGCAGUAAGCAAGACCAAAACUCUGUUCGUGCGCAACGUGGGGUUGGACAUUACACCGAAAAUGUUCUAUGAAAUAUUAACGCCAAUCGUGAAGCGAACUGACAUUAUGAAGGUCUCACGCGUUCGAGAAUUUGCUUUCAUAGAUUUCGUUACAAGGACGGCUGCAGAGCACGCCUUAGAACGGCUGCAAGGGACCAAAAUGCAAGGAUAUACCCUACAUUUCGAAUGGGCGUUCCCGCCGAGCAUGAGUUCUGAAAACAAACUCCAAAGCUGCGAUUUUGAUGCCGUUCUCCGUUUGAAAUGCAUUGCGAAUUACUGGGAAGUCCCCGUGAUAAUAUUUGGCCGGAUUUUCGAGGUGGAGCAGUUGCAGUAUGCUGCGAUAAUAGUCCGAACCGUCAGCCAGGUGCGCGCCUUCUUUUUCGAGGUUCACAUCAACCCGUCAACCGACAUCCAAUCGCGAAUGUGUGAGGUCGCGGCGUUGCUAAUAGACCGGUUUGGCGGGUUACCCCCCUACAACUUUGUGAUCGUUAUCAAGGACUCCAAGGCGUUAAUAGUGGGCAUGUUUGGCGACUUCGCGAACCGCACCUUUAUUAAGGCGGAACCCAUUGAAAGGAACAUGUUCGUCUACUGCGAGGAGCUAUUGGAUUUGUGCCAGGCAGUUUUUGUGUUGUCCUUAAUGACCCAAGAAGAACUAUAUUCGAGCUACCAACGGGCUUUAACUACGCCUCACGGCGUCUUGGCGAGCGCUCCUUUUUUCAACGGCCGAAUGUUCGCCUGCUUGAACGCCAACUAUCGCCACAGACCUCCACUCAAAUAUAACAUCGACAAUCGGCAAAUCAUCCUAGUAUUGUGUUCCCUGUACACUGGCUCCAACUUCGUAUUCCCGAACAUUCAGCCAAUCGUAUGGAACUUGAAAGAUUCAGGCAAUGCGAAAAUAGGCAUCGCGAACGUACCUUUUUCAAUCCUGAAUUUGGUUCCCAACCGCUAUGCGUCUGUGGGGGAGCGAAACUGUGUCAGCGUCGUACGACAUGGAAAGAUCUACGACUGGGUUAUCUGCAGCGCAGCCGCCCAGAAGUUGGAGGGUCCCUGCAUAGAAUGAACUGUUUUUGUUUUACGUUGUUGGCUCGACCGAAAUGAAGUAACGCUAUCGAGCUCAGGUUAAGUUUCUGCUGGAAAAUUUUAUUUUAUUGCUUUCAAUCCUGUGGAUUUGUCAUGAAGUUAUGCUGACGCGCAAGGAAUCCUUCAGAUUUGUCAUGAAAUUAUGUUAUCUCGCAUGAAAUCUU